AUGAUUGGCGCCCUCGCGCGCACCCUCCAGCCCGCACUGGCGACAUGGCUGCAUCCGACUCCGCUCCGCUUCCUCCACCUCGCUGACAUGUCGAGACGCUCGGGUCGGCUCAGCGCAUCCAGCGUCCCAUCUGCUUCGACCUCGACCUCGCUCUCUUCGCGCGCCUCAAGCUCCAAGUCCACCGUGCCGUACUUUGAAGAAUGGCCUACUGAGGCGCUGCAAGCCGAAGUCAAGCGGUACGGCUUCAAAGUGUCGCGCAAGCGCGCUACGCUCAUCGACCAGCUCAAGGCGGUAUACGCUGCACUAGAGCAGUUCGAUGCUGCGUUCGAGCCCCCGCAACACCCUCUGCCCGCAGAUGGCGAUGCGAUGCAAUACGGAGCGCCACCACGGGAGCCGGCGAGAAAACGAAAGCUCAUCUUGCCUACCUCCGCCGAAACGGGUGCAGGUAAGGGAAAGGGCAGGGGGCGCAAGAGCGAUCCGUUUGUGCUGGAUGCAAGUUCGGACUCUGCGCCUUCUUCUCAGCCCGAGUCUGGCUUGGAGCAAGGCGGUGCGGACGAGCCAGGUGAUCUGACAGCGCAGCUGGAGCGCGAAGCGCUUUCCGCCACGGACGGCAGCACCGACUCUGCAGAUUCGGAUGUCCCACUCUCGGCCUCAAACUCGCCCAUCAAGCAGCGACGAAGGCGGUCAGCAUCGGCCAGAAGCUCGUCGUCGGAAGACGUUCCGCUAUCCAGACGUCAAGUAGAAGAGGAGGGCGAUGGGGAGGUGGUGGAUCCGUCGCCUGUGCUGGCCGAGAUUAUGACGGCUGCGAUGCGAGGCAGCCCCGCCGUAUGGGGGCGCAUACUCCGCUUUGAACCCAUCAGCUUCGAUGAAGUGGUGAGCAUGGCGACCACCCACGGCCUCGCCAUGGACACGGGCAAGCGCAAGGAAGAGCUUCGGACCUGGCUCGACCGCCAGUGCAUCUGUUUCUACUCCAACGACCUCACCGGCACACGAGCACGACACUGA